UUAAAACAAAAUCGUUAGUAAUCGCAGAUCCAAAAAAUAGCCGGCUAAGAAACAGAGUCCUCAAACUCUCUCCCACAUAGAAACGCAAACAGAGAGAGAAGGAAAGCAGAUAUGGUGACCAAAUCAGAAGAGACAGAAUUGAAUAGAUUGGAGAGUCAAGUGGACAAUGGAGGAGGAGGAGCAUGGGAGUAUCUCUGCUUGGUUAGAAAGCUCAAAGUUAGGCGUUCUGACAAGGUGUUAAAGCACGGUUUAUCGAUCCUGAAUGAUUCCAAGAAAAGAUCUAGUCUUGGUUCUGAAGAAUGGACUCUAUAUGAAGAGGUUGCAAUUGCUGCUAUGGACUGUCAAUCCCUUGAGGUUGCAAAGGACUGUGUAAAUGUGUUGCGGAAGAAAUUUCCAGAGAGCAAAAGAGUUGGCAGGCUCGAGGCACUGUUACUUGAAGCAAAGGGUUCUUGGGGAGAGGCUGAAAAGGCAUACUCAAGCCUUUUAGAGGACAAUCCUUUUGAUCAGGUAGUACACAAGAGAAGGGUAGCUUUGGCAAAGGCACAAGGCAAUUUGUCAGGGGCAAUCGAAUGGCUCAAUAAGUAUCUAGAAACAUUUAUGGCUGAUCAUGAUGCCUGGAGAGAACUUGCUGAGAUAUAUGUCUCCUUGCAAAUGUACAAGCAAGCAGCUUUCUGCUAUGAGGAGCUCAUAUUAUCUCAACCUACGGUUCCACUCUUUCAUUUAGCAUAUGCUGAUGUGCUUUACACUCUUGGUGGACUCGAAAACCUUCAGACAGCAAGGAAAUAUUAUUCUUCCACCAUAGAUUUGACUGGAGGCAAGAAUACCAGGGCGCUUUUUGGUAUUUGUUUGUGCACGUCAGCCAUUGCACAAUUUUCAAAAGGACGAAACAAGGAAGACAAGGACUGUCCAGACUUGCAAUCUUUGGCAACUGCAGCUUUGGAGAAAGAGUACAAGCAGAGAGCUUCGGGCAAACUUGCUGUGCUUACUUCAGCUUUUAAAAGCUUGAAAGUUUCGUCAUAACUGGUUGCUAUUUUUGAAGAUCUUCUUUGUUUCCCCAUAUUCCAAGAUCUGAAGUGGCCCUCAGUAACCUAGACCAAAAGCUAAAAUUUACAAACACUGCAGAUUCGUAUAAUUUAAAUGCAUUAUACUAAUGAUCUCCGUGUGUUAUCUCUUUCCUUGAUUUUUUUUCUUUGCUGAGUCCUUGACAUGAGGAUUUGAUGAAUUAUUUGGAAUGCUCAGUUUCACAGACUAGGAAAGUUACAAGGCUUUUAUCC